GAAUUUUCCCUUUCCCUCCACUCGCCGCCGUUUUUCUGUGGCCUUCCGAUCCGGAACCUAAGCCCCCCACUCCUGUACCUCUCCCCGAUGGCCGUGAGCUCGCGACUCCCCUCGCCUCCCGCGGCGCGCGGCCUCCUGCGCCGCUUCCCGCGGAGCAUCCUCCCCCUGGAGCGCGCGCCGCGCCGCCUAGCCCCGGGCGCCCGCGCCGUAUCCGGGAACCCCGGCCCCGGCGGCUCGCCCCUGCCCAGGCGAACGCCGGCGCCGGCUGACUCCACGCCGUCGUCGGCCUCCUCGGUCAUCGAUUUCCUCACCCUCUGCCAUAGCCUCAAGACCACUAAAAGGAAAGGAUGGAUAAAUCAUAGCAUUAAGGGCCCCGAGUCUAUUGCUGAUCACAUGUACCGUAUGGCCUUGAUGGCUUUGAUUGCUGGAGACCUGCCUGCGGUGGAUCGAGAAAGGUGUAUUAAAAUUGCUAUCGUGCACGACAUUGCUGAAGCUAUUGUUGGUGACAUUACUCCAUCUGAUGGUAUACCUAAGGCUGAAAAAAGCCGGCGUGAACAAGCAGCUCUAGAUGAAAUGUGUGAAGUUCUUGGUGGUGGACCAAUAGCUGAUGAGAUUAAGGAGCUGUGGGGAGAAUAUGAAAAUAAUUCUUCUAUUGAAGCCAAUCUUGUAAAAGAUUUUGAUAAAGUGGAAAUGAUUCUUCAAGCAUUAGAAUAUGAGAAAGAACAUGGCAAAGUGCUAGAUGAGUUCUUUCUCUCUACUGCUGGCAAGUUCCAGACAGAGGUUGGUAAGAGCUGGGCUGCUGAAGUGAAUGCAAGGAGAAACAAGCAGCGAUGCGGAAAACAGAAGUAGGAGCGUUUGAUUGCAUCAUUCAUCCUCUACUGAAACACUUGUUGUGAUGACGGGGGUGGUGUGGCGAACUGGUGAUUGGUGUGUUGCAGACCCUGGAGUCAAACCAUAAGCCAACUUCAACAAUGGCAUUUAACCGAUUGCUGCAGCGAUCCAGCCUCGGUAAGGAAUAACGGGAAGGGCAUUGAGGACUCGGGAUGUAAGUUUAGUUAGAGCGCAAGGUUCGAAAUUAAGACUAGCUGUACGUACUAAACACUAAUGUUAUAGUUAGGGUCCAGUGAGGAAUAAGUUAUGCUUUCGUUACUCGGGGGAAUAAUGAAAAGGUGAUGCUGUUGGCCCCA